AUGUCGACAGAAACGACCGAGACCAACGACGGCAAGAUGGUCCCAGAUCUGGAGACAUUUUGGUAUGAGCCGGACCCCGAAGAUCUGCGCUGUCUCAGCUGUGGACUACCAUUUAAAGAUGAAGCCCUCGUCCGCACGUUCCGAGUAUGCCCGCCAAUAUCCGAGCAAAGCCCUCCUUCAGAGUGCAGCAGAGUAGUCAAAUCGCAUCUCGACGCUGAUAUCCUCUUCUUCGACCGACAUCUCCAGUGCGUCUUAGACCAGGGCGUCCCCGUCGCCGCAGUCUCUCACGUCUGGGAUCCGAAGAUAUCAGCCAUCCAGCAACGACCCCGGCACUCGCCACAACCCAUCGAUGUCCGUCUCCUCGCAACAGAAACACCGAUCCGGAUCCUCGGCGGUGUCCAAGACGCCGGCGGGGACGAGCGGCACAUGGAGUUCUGGCACGACUACUUCAGCGUCCCGCAAUGGACCCCCUCGCUCAAGAGCAGGAUCCUCCUCGCCAUCCACACAAUCUUCAGCACCGCCCGCGUCACCGUCGUCCACUUCGACGACCUCAGCCCGGACGUCGUCGAGAAGCUGCACCGCGGCGCGACCUCGCGCGAGCGCCUCGAGGGCGUGACGGGGGUGUGCAACGCCGCGUGGUUCAGCCGCAUGUGGACGGCCAUGGAGUUCGUGCGCAGCGGCACGCCGAUCCGGAUGAUGACCCGGGACUUCCGCCUCGUCCGCGGUCCGCCGGGCGACGACGCCGGGUUUCUCGGCAAGGUGCACGAGGUCUGGAAUGCCGAGGUCGAGGCGCACGGCGGGGACGUGUUCGCGGUCGAGGAGGAGGUCGGGAUGCGGCGCUCCGAGAACCUCGUGCCGUGGAACCUGGGGCCGCUGAGGGAGGUCAGGGCGUUGGGGCGGGCCAACUUCGCCAUGGCGUUCGCGCUGCUCUCGAGGCGGGGGUGCCGCGACGCGUUUGACUUCCUCCACGCGCUUCGCGGCGUCGUUGGGGACGCUUCGGAGAGGCGGAUUGGCGAUGAUUUCCGUUCCGAGUAUGUCGGGACCGCGUGGGAGUGUCUCCGGGCGGGCGAUGUUAGUCCUCUUCUCAUCACCCCCGCAAUCGAGGUGUUCAAUCCGCGUUUGCCUCCUCCUGUUUUUCGGAAUUAUAAUGAUAUUUGGACGUGGGAGUUGGGAGAGCAGAUUAGCCCUCCCAGCCACUUGCAUGACAUGUCGAUAAGUCCCGAGGAGGACGCCAUUGAUGUAAGACUUCAGCCUGUUGGAAUCGUUACCAUGGUAAUGGAGCUCGACUGGGAGAGCCACCUGAGUCAAUUCGAAAGAUGCGCCGAUAUGGCGUUGAACUGCACUGGACCGAAUCUGGACGCUUUUGUCUCGACACUUUGCACCAGGUUAUAUGGCGAGGACAAAGAGGCAGUCAUGCAACACCUCGAGAACGAGAAUCUCGUAGACGACGUGACGGAAGUUUUAAGUAGCCGGUAUCUCACUUCAGGUUGGAACUCGGAUUGGCGAACAUGGAGGAUAGAUAAACACGGCCUGCAAGGCGAAGAAGCGUGCCGCUGGCUAGCCGACGCCCUAUGCCUCACCAAGAUCGUGGACGGUCUCGCGCAGAGCCGGCUGGCCCUGGUAUUCGCUCGAUACGCCACCAUACACUGCGCCGCGCAGGCCAAAGUCGCCGUCGUGACGUGUACGGGGUGUUACGAGACGUCCCUGUUCCGGGUGGGGUUGUUCGCGCCCAAGAUGGACGUCCGGCGGGCGCGGGCUUGGAGGAUUCCCGGGUUGGAGUAUCGCAUGUCGAGGCCUGGCGGGAUGGCGAUACUCGAGAAGGGUGGAGAAGUUGUUGGGAGGAUGGUCUGGGCUUCGCCUGCUUGUGCUUGCGAGGAAACCGAGAUGGUGAGGUUGAAGAUGCCGGAUUUACCGAAUCCUCGGCCUCAUGACAAGCGCUGA